AUGGUAAAGAUAAGUGUAUGUUUCAUGGUACUGGCUCUGGGGUUAGUGGACGCAGUAUUUACUAAAGAUUUGUCAACAAAGGGAACUCAAAGGGAGAAAAUUUCUAAUCCUGUGGAGGGAGUCCAUGUUGCCUUGUGGGGUGAGGGGUUUGUGCGGUAUACCUGGCUAAACCCUGUCCCCCAUGGACCCGAUAAUACAAAGUUCAAUCCCUGGUGUAAGUAUGGCACCUCUUCAACCAACUUUAACCACACCGCCAGAGGAGAGGCUUACACCUACACUGCUGGAAUGUUUAAUAUGACCUUGAACAGUGUGGUAGCUGAGCUGCCCAUUCAACCAGAUGGGUAUACCCAAGUGAACUACCAGUGUGGAGACAGUAACUAUGGUUGGAGCCCUGUGUACAGCAUACAGCUCCAGACCCCAGGGGUCAGCCAGACACAGAGGGGUAACAUUGCCCUGAUAGCAGACCUGGGGUCCACCAAUGGCUCCGACACCAUCACGGCCUUAGAGCAGUUUGCAGAAAGCGGAUUGAUCAAGAUGGUUGUCCAUGCCGGCGACAUCAGCUAUGCGGAUAACUUCGGGAAAAGAAAUCACAACAACUCCUACAUCUGGGUGGAGUACAUGAAGCAAAUAGAGAAAUUUACUUCCUGGGUUCCAUACAUGACGGCUCCUGGAAACCACGAGUCUCAGUACGACUUUGCCGCAUAUCGUAACUGGUUGCCAAUGCCGUACAAAUCCAGCGACUCCGAGUCCCCUUUCUGGUUCUCCUUUGACUACAUGGGCAUCCACUUCCUGUCCUUCUCCACGGAGCACAGCUUUAACCAGAGCUCCGCCCAGUUUGCCUUUAUGCAACAAGACCUGAUUCAGGCCAACAGGAACCGUGACAGUGUACCGUGGAUUAUCGUGUUUGGUCACCGCCCAUUGUACUGUACCUCCCUGGUUGCUGAGCACAGGUGUGUCUACGACGCCCCAGUUUUCAGGUCCUACCUGGAAGAUUUGUUGUACCAGCAGAGAGUGGAUGUGUACCUGUGUGGUCAUGAUCACAGCUACGAGAGAACCUAUCCUGUCUACAGAGAGCGGGUGAUACGGAGGGACUACCAUAACCCACAGGCUCCAAUCUACAUUGUCGACGGAGAAGCAGGCAACCCAGAGCCUAAUGACCCCAGCUUCCAGCCUGAUGUUGAAUGGAGGGCAAACUUUUAUCCAGGUUGGGAUAAUGGUUUUCUACUGGUACAACCUACACCUGUGGCCCUGCAGUUUCAGUACAUCCGCAGUAGGGACCUCACACCCAUGGAUAUAUUUUCAAUAACAAAGGAUUAGACUCUGUCACAAAGAAAGGUAUUCAUUUUUAAAGAAAGAAAAUUGUACCACAUGCAUUGAUGCUGAUAUCCAGUUAUGUAUCUACUAUUAGCUAACAAGAAACACCCUUUUGAACAGGUUUUAUGCCAGUCAUGGGUACAUUGGUUUAGAGGGUUAGCAACUUAGCUCCACUUAAAAGUGAUUUACAGAUCGCAUCCUAACUCACCAAAAAGUUGUGGGCAGCCAGCAAGUUGGCAGGACAAUGCCACAUCAUAACAUGACACAUAACAAAUGACUGGCAUACAGAAAUGUCUUGCUUGAGGAACAUGUAACUAUCAGUGAUGUAAUAAAUUGCCACAGAGUGCCAAUGAAAGAUUCAUAAACUUGCAAAUACAGCAUCUUUACAGCUCUACAUCAACUCCUCAGCCAGCAACCUGCAGAUGGUAGUGGUUUUCCCCCGGGUUCUGCCCGGUUUCCUCCCACCAUAAUGCUGGCGGCAGUUGUAUAAGUGAAAUAUUCAUGAGUACGGCUCAAAAAUUCAAAUAAAUAAAUCAACUUCUUAAACCAACUACUGGUUUAUCAAUAUAAUGAACAUGACCACAUAAUAAAAAAAAGAAUAAGAUAAAGAAGAUUUUCAUGUUGACACGAAAGUUUCACAAAUAGAUAUAUCAUGAUCAUUGUAAAGAAUUAAAGGUAAUUCUUCAAGCCUACGGAAUUUCCAUUUGGGAAGA